AUGGAUGAAAGGGUAAAGACGGAAGCGGGUCGUAAAAGGGGACGUCCGCGGACAAACACGAAUGAAGAGGAACUCCUAGAUAGACGCCGCAAGCAGCUCCGCCGUGCACAACAAGCGUAUCGCAAGCGGAAAGAGAACACUAUCGAUACACUACGGAAUCGUGUGGACGAGCUGGAAGGUGGCAUUGAGCAGAUCAGCCACUCAUUCCUAACUUUCAGUAACCUCCUCUUGGAGAGCGACCUACUCGGACGAAAUGCACAUGUCACGUUAGCCUUCCAGAAAAUAACUCAACAGUGUGUGUCACUCGCCAGGACAGGAUGUGAUGAUCUCGACGAAGGCACUCCCGUCAAAACUGCUGAUUUCAUCGAGGACAAUGGCGACCAGAGCCAAGUACAAAGUAACAGUUAUUCAAGCACGUCGCCAAAUGGCGAAGAAUUCCUUGAACUAUAUGGGAGCUUAAUUAAGCGGUCUGGACUGUCAGUGCCAUCUACACCACCUCCACCAUCGCAAAACCAAACCCUAUCAUACAGCCCCGUCAUGGCGCCGUCCAGUUGUCGUCCUUUCAUUGAGGUCUCACAAUUAUCUUCCCCUGCGUCAACCAUAUCACCAGCUAGCGUGAACAAAGAAGAGUGGCGGAGUUUCGCGCAAUGUCUGAUAAAAGUGUGCUGUCAAAAUGGAUACCAACUCCUUGUCAACACUCCUGACGACGACGUGAAGAUUAAAAGCAUCUUCGGGCCCUUGAGUCUUCCAAUGGAGCGCAACGUCCUUAUUUCAUAUUUCUGGGCUGGAAUGCAAGAUCAUACCGGCGACCUGGUUGAUCAAAUGGCCACUGUGCUCACCCCGCCGCAGUCUAAGAGAAGUAGUUAUACUUCCGAACAGCUCGGAACUUCGAAAUCAAAAUUGCCGGUUAUACCUGAAGGCGAUGAGUGGCUGGACGCCAGUGGUGUGCAGCGACUCCUCUGUGAGAAGGGGAUUUGUAUCCACGAAAAGGCGCCCCCUUUCUCUAGUCCGAGCCUUAAUUUUUCGCUUGACGUUGAGAAUUUUGCUGAACUCCUCGCCGCUAAAUGCAUUUGUUUUGGACGUGGUCCAGUGUUUCGACGGCAGAACGUUGAAGCUUCACUGCGCGUCGCCAGGUCCAAAAACCCGUGGAGUGUCUUCAAUCCUCUUCUGUCUAGUUUGUAA